AUGGAAAACAUAAUGAAAGGGUUACCAGUGGUGGUCUACCUGGAUGACUUGCUCAUCACUGGAUGCUCAAAAGCGGAACAUCUGAGCAACCUGGAAAAGGUCCUGCAACGCCUUCAGGAGAAUGGUCUGCGAGUAAAACGUUCCAAGUGUGAGUUUAACAAGCCACAAAUUGAAUAUCUGGGACACAUCCUGGAUGAACACGGAGUCCACCCUUCAGAAGAAAAGGGUGAAAAGCCGUUUUCAUUUGUGAACUGUGGAAAAAGUUUUAGUCAAAAACAGAAUUUAACUCAGCACAUGAUGAUUCACACUGGUGAAAAGCCGUUUUCAUGUGUGAACUGUGGAAAAAGUUUUGGUUAUAAACUGGCUUUAACUCAGCACAUGAGGAUUCACACUGGUGAAAAGCUGUUUUCAUGUGUGACCUGUGGAAAAAUUUUUAGUCAAAAACAGAAUUUAACUCGGCACAUGAUGAUUCACACUGGUGAAAAGCCGUUUUCAUGUGUGAACUGUGGAAAAAGUUUUAGUCAAAAACCGACUUUAACUCAGCACAUGAUGAGACACACUGGUGAAAAGCCGUUUUCAUGUGUGAACUGUGGAAAAAGUUUUAUUCGAAAACCGCAUUUAACUCGGCACAUGAUGAUUCACACUGGUGAAAAGCCGUUUUCAUGUGUGACCUGUGGAAAAAGUUUUAUUCGAAAACAGCAGUUAACUCAGCACAUGAUGAUUCACACUGGUGAAAAGCCGUUUUCAUGUGUGACCUGUGGAAAAAGUUUUAUUCGAAAACAGGAUUUUAUUCAGCACAUGAGGAUUCACACUGGUGAAAAGCCGUUUUCAUGUGGAAAUUGUGGAACAAGUUUUUGUCGAAAACAAACUUUAAUUCGGCACAUGAGGAUUCACACUGGUGAAAAGCCGUUUUCAUGUGUGACCUGUUUAAAAAGUUUUAGUCAUAAAGGUAAUUUAACUCAGCACAUGACG